AUGAUAGAUGGAAGAAAUAGAAUUAUCCGCCGCGCUAUUAUCGAUCGGGAUGAAGUAGCAGUUAUGGAUUCUAGAGCCAUCUAUAUCCAAGUCAAACACCUACACUUAAGCUUCUUUUUCAAGGUUCUUUACCUACCACAUCUAUACUCACCAUGUCUCCUUGCACCUGCAACUGCUGCUCCGGCGAGUGCAACUCCUGCUCUUGUGCCAGCUGCAAGCACUAAGCCGGCUCACACGCCAUCACCACCGCCAUCUUCCUCCAAUACGACUCAUACCAGGCCCGGGCUCCCACUGUUGUCAAACUAGCUGGGGUGCGGGUGUCCUCAUU